AAGAAGUUCUGUUGCUCAGAAAGAGAGAGAGAGAGAGAGAGACGACUUUUUCUACUCCUCGUCGCAUCGCCGCCGUCGGCAAUCGCGGCGCUCGCUUUUUCAGCUCCGGCGCUCCUCUCCGGUCGCCGCCGCCGCCGCCGCCGCCGCUUCCGGCGGCCGAUUCUCCCUAGAGCGUCGGAAUCGCCGCGGCGUAUACCGCGAACCGGAUCCUCUCGGUCCGCGCGAUGAUCGCGGACGGUUCGUGAAGCCGGUUGCUGAUCACGAUGUCGCAGCACCAGCACCAGCACCAGCAUCAGCACCAGCAGCACGGUCAUGGCAACAGCAGCGGCGGCGGCAGCGGCAAUGCCAACAUACCGGUGAGCGAGGUGUAUUGGUCCCUGGUCGAUAAGGCCGACAAGAAGUUCUCCAAGAUCAGGGACUUGCCCUUCUACGAGCGCCAGAGGUACGACACCUACUUCUACAAGGUGUUCAAAGUGUACACCCAACUGUGGAAGUUUCAGCAAGAGAAUAGGCAGAAGUUGGUGGAAUCUGGGCUCAAGAGAUGGGAGAUUGGUGAGAUCGCGUCCCGGAUUGCCCAACUGUAUUUUGGGCAGUACAUGCGCACGAGCGAAGCAAGUUAUUUAUCGGAGUCCUACAUAUUCUAUGAGGCCAUUUUGACCCGGGAAUAUUUCAAGGAGGGAUUGUGUCAGGAUCUCAAUUUGGCCAACAAGCAGCUGAGGUUCCUUGCCCGGUUUUUGAUGGUCUGUUUAGUCUAUAACAAGAGAGAAAUGGUGAAUCAGUUGGUCAGUCAACUAAAGUCGUUGGUUGAUGAAUGCAAGAGGACAUUUCAGGAUACUGAUUUUAAAGAAUGGAAGCUGGUGGUUCAAGAAAUUAAUAGGUUUUUGAAAGCUGACACGGCUUUUAUGAAUACCAGGCCUUUGAGAUACAGUCUUGCUUUGGAUCCCAACACAGAUUCUCUGCCACGUGUUGCUGCAUCUAUCACAAAUAGAAAUCUGAGAUUACGAGAUGCAAUACUGAGCAGCUAUCACCAUAAUGAGGUGAAGUUUUCAGAGCUCACUCUUGACACUUUCAGGAUGCUUCAGUGUUUGGAGUGGGAACCAAGUGGCUCAUUUUACCAGUCACCUGGAACUAAGCUUGGUGCUUCUGCUCAUACUCGCACUAACCACUCUCAGGAUAUUGUUGAUCAUACUCUGCCUCCAAACCCGCGAAAAGCUGUUUUAUAUCGACCAUCAGUGACCCAUUUUGUGGCAGUACUUGCCACUAUUUGUGAAGAGCUUCCUCCCGAUGGAGUUCUUUUACUAUAUCUGUCAGCUUCAGGAAGAAGAAGAUCUCCCAUUUCACUAUCAGCAGGGGUUGGAGCUUUUUCUGAUGCUACAGAAAACAUAACGAGAAACCUCCAGACCGUUGCGAUAUCAUCUGAUGAAACCUCUUGUAUUACAUCUGGCUCCCUAAGUGACGAUGUACCUCCAUCUGGACAAGGCAAAGGUGACUGCAUGCAUCACCGAAGUCCUUGUUUGCAGUUUGGCAAUCGCAAUAAUGGAGGUUCAAAUUGCAUAUAUCCCUGUGACUUACUUCCAUUCACAAGGAGGCCACUUGUUUUAAUAGUUGACAGUGACAGCAGCUUGGCCUUUGAGGCUAUACAUGGAGCGGAAAAAGGAGAACCUGCUGCCCUUCUUUUAUCUCCAAGAAGUUUAGCUCCAACUGUUGUACCUGAUUUCUCUCGUUGCCCUGGUGGAAGCUUAUUUACGGUCUUCCUCACAGCUCCAUUGCAGGCUUUCUGUAUAUUGCUAGGUUUUUCUAGCUCAGAAAUUCAUAUGGAAGUCGCUGAGAAGUUUCUUUCGUCCUCAUUGAAUGACUGGGGUUUGGCUUUGGCAAAAUCUGACUCUCUAAAUCCUGUCUGGGCACAAAUUCUAAAUGACCCUUUUUUAAGGCGACUUCUUAUCAGAUUUCUAUUUUGCCAGGCAGUGUUGAGUCUGUACAUCCCGACCUCAGGUAAGGAGGAGUUCCUUCCCAAGUGUCUGCCCAGUCUUCCCAAAUCCUUCAUGCCUGCAAGCGUCGCAGUCCAGAGCGUAGUCCGGCAGAUUGCUAGCAUCUUCUCGGUCGACAAGAAGUUCAACUUUUCGGAGGCAAUCCCCUUGUCCGAAUCCGGAGAAAGUGAUUCAGAGUCAAUCUCAUCUUCAUGAUGUUUCUCUAGCGCACAGAUACAUUACGUAUCCAGACCACAUGGCUCAGACAACAUGCCGUUAAAAUUUGGGCGGCGCUCCAUUUAAGAUUCGUUGCGAUUGUGUUUCGGGUGGUUUCAAGUUUGUGUUCAGGUGGCCUCUUCUUGUUUUGAAGGGGAAAGAUCAGAAGGUAGAAUUUAUACAGAGUUUAUGCAUGUUUUCCCGAAGUUGCGAAAUCUAGGGGAGCGAAAAUACGAGGAUUUUGUUUGGCUCCUGAGCAGUAGCUUUCCCAAAAUAGAAAUGAUUUUAUGUGCUUCAUGCGA